CGCAGCGAAUAAAAUAGAGAGAGAGGGAUUUUGAAACCUCGUCGAUCUGCCGCAUAGUCCGCCAAGCGAUCCACCGAAGUUAGCAGAGAAAUGGAGGGAGUCGGGGCGCGACUCGGAAGGUCGUCGACUCGGUAUGGUGGACCAACUACCGUGUUCAGUGGUCCAGUAAGGAAAUGGAAGAAGAAGUGGAUCCACGUGUCACCGUCCAACACUGCGAAUCAUCAUUCUUCUCAGUCUAACGGUGCUAACGGCUCUCAUCUCCUCCUCUACAAGUGGACUCCCCUCUCUCAGAGCAACAACAACAAUGGCGACAAGACUACCGCCAAAGAUGACAACGCUGCUGCUGUUGCACUGGAAGAGCCACCUCGAAAGAAAUUUCGAUACGUCCCGAUUGCUGUACUAGAGGAACAGAAUAGAGAAGCAGCAGAAAAGGUUGAUGAGGAGGGUGAACCAAUUGAAACUGAUCCAUCUGCUGGGGCAGAGUCCAAGAGUGAUGUUUCCAAUGAAAAACCUGAUAUCAAUGAUGUGCCAAUGGAAGAAGCUCAGGCAUCAGAAAAGGAUCAAUCAGUUCCUCGAGAAUUGAGUGAAACUAAUUUGGAUUUGAGUUUGGGUUUGAAAGGCCAUGAUAAUGAUCAUGAUGCUGAUCCGAAAAGAGAAAAGAGCAAAGACGGCCAACCAGAGUGAGUGAACUGAGCUGCUGUAGGGACAUGAGAUGAUUAAUCCCAA